CCUUUCGCGGACCUGACAGCCGACUAACCCACAUUUUUCCUUUUACGUUUUACACUUUAAUUUCUGUCGAAAUGAAUCGCAUUUUCGGCCGAGGUAAACCCAAAGGUCCUCCACCGAACUUGUCGGACUGUAUAGGAAACGUUGAUUCUCGGUCGGAGUCCAUCGACAAGAAGAUCGCCCGACUAGAUGCUGAACUUGUCAAGUACAAGGAUCAGAUGAAAAAGAUGAGAGAUGGCCCUUCAAAGAACAUGGUCAAGCAAAAGGCAUUGAGAGUUCUGAAGCAGAAGAGGAUGUACGAGAGCCAGAGAGAUAAUCUCAUGCAGCAGUCUUUUAACAUGGAGCAAGCCAACUACACUAUCCAAUCCCUCAAAGACACUAAAACCACAGUUGAUGCCAUGAAAAUUGGCCUGAAGGACAUGAAGAAAGCGUACAAGAAUGUGAAUAUUGAUAAAAUUGAGGAUAUCCAAGACCAGUUGGAGGACAUGAUGGAGGAUGCCAAUGACAUCCAGGAGGCGCUGGGCAGAAGCUAUGGCACUCCUGACAUUGAUGAGGAUGAUCUGGAAGCAGAGCUGGACGCUCUGGGAGAUGAACUCUUGAUGGAUGACGACAGCUCCUACCUGGACGAGGCAGCGACCGCUCCCUCCAUCCCAGAGGGGCUCCCGGGAGACAAGUCAACCAACAGGGAUGGUGUGCUGGUGGAUGAGUUUGGCCUCCCUCAGAUUCCUGCUACAUAAAAGACCAAACCGGACACAUGAUGUGCUAGUUUUACAUGUAUCAUAGCCUUCUUUUAUAUUUAUCCAGCUGACACUCCUGGCCUUAGAGUGAAACUAUGAAAACCAAAGCAUCUUCUGUCUGAAUGAUGGAGAGUGCUGCGUCUUUGAUUAAAGUUUGAUCACUUAUUCUCUGACUGAGCUCGUCUCGGUGCGUCUGAAAGAUUGUGGGUAAUGGGUUUCUUUUAACUUUGUACAGUUUCUGCAGCAACAACAAAAUAAAUUAUAUUUUCCGACAACUCAAAA